AUGGAUACGAACGGUCUUUCCAGCAACUGGAAAAAGCUACAGGCGACUCUCAAAAAGACACCCUCGACCUCGACCUCCUCAAUAGGGAAGAAACGCAAAGCCUCGGACCGCGACUCUGGACAUGGAACAUUGAAGAAACAGAAGCCCGGAAAGGAAUAUACAAAAACACGAGAUACAAUCACACCAUAUAAACGAAAGAGAAUGUCCGAAGGAGCUGAAAUCGCGGCGAACACUGCCGACGCAGACUCGACCAAGCCUGCUUUGCGGAGAAAGUCUAGCGCCGGAGUCUCUGCGCAGACUGAGACUGGAUCGCGCAAUGGGAAAGUGAAUGAGGGCCGUUCAAAGACCGCCGAGGUUGGAAAAUACGUUGCCAUGGAUUGUGAGAUGGUAGGCGUCGGGCCGAACCCGGACAACGACUCGGUUCUUGCGAGGGUCAGUAUCGUUAACUUUAACGGUGACCAAGUCUACGAUUCAUACGUUCGACCUAAGGAAAUGGUGACAGACUGGAGAACUCACGUUAGCGGUAUUGCCCCCAAGCACAUGGUGGAAGCAAGAAGCCUCGAACAAGCUCAGAAAGAAGUUGCUGAAAUUCUGGAUGGCCGUGUCCUCGUUGGUCAUGCCGUGAGCAAUGAUCUUGAUGCUCUACUCCUCGGCCAUCCUAAGCGGGACAUUAGAGACACUAGCAAACAUCCUGAGUACAGGAAGAUUGCGGGCGGCGGCUCACCACGACUGAAGGUGCUUGCUGAACACUUUCUCGGCAUCAAGAUCCAGGAAGGUGCCCAUUCAAGUGUGGAAGAUGCACGGGCGACAAUGGCCCUCUAUCGCCGUGAGAAGGAUGCCUUCGAGCGUGAGCACCUGAAGAAGUGGCCAAUCAGAAAUGCCCCUGAACCCAAAGAGAAGGGAGACACUACGAAGAAAAAGAAUAAGAAGAAGAAGAAGAAGGGCAAGAAAUGA